CAGCAGCGUUGUAAUAGGACUGCAGUACUUCAAAGGAUUGAAAGAGGUCGCUUUCUAUCGACAGUUCGGCUUGAGGCCAAAGGUCAUUUAUGUAAGCCGGCAUCCAAGACACACAGAGGUACAUGUAUCAUGUAGAAGUGUUCCCCCAACAAGCUAGGAUGCAGGCAUUACAGAAGUUGAUCACAAGGCCUGCACUGCUGCCAUAUAGAUGGAGGUUCCAUACAAGCUGCCGCUCACAACAAGAACUGUUGAAGGGCACAGUCGACAAAUGGAGAGGUGUGACCAUUGAUCUGGGCAGUCCUGACUGUGGGCUGCAUGGGACAUAUUUCCACACCAGCCUGAGAGAGCUGGAUGCCUUUGCAGGGAUGCUCAGAAAAUCUCUGAAGCAAUGGAAGAUGGAAGGUAAGAAGGCAGUCUGGCUCAAGGUGCCCAUCUUACAGAGCCGGUUUGUACCGGUUGCCGCCAGCCAGGGCUUCCGGUUUCACCAUGCAGAUAAAGACUACUCCAUGCUCACCACCUGGCUGCCCAGUGAUCACUGUAAAAUACCACACUUUGCAUCGCAUCAAAUUGGUGUUGCAGGCUGUGUUCUCAGGGAGGAUACUAAAGAGGUUCUUGUUGUUCAAGACAGGAACAGGGAGACAUCCCACAUGUGGAAGCUGCCUGGAGGAAUCUCUGAUCCAGGAGAAGACUUCGGAGACACUGCAGUACGUGAAGUCUUUGAAGAAACUGGAAUCAAGUCAGAAUUCCAGUCAAUCCUGACCAUACGGCAGCUACACAACUAUCCCGGUGCCUUUGGGAAGUCUGACCUUUACAUUGUGUGCAGAUUACGAGCUUUAAGUCACGUCAUCGACCACUGCGCUGAUGAGAUCAUCGGGUGCAAGUGGACCGACGUUAACGAACUCGCCACCACCCAGUCUACCUCACUCAUCUCCACACAUGUAGCUCGACUGGUGCUGCACGGCUUCAGGGAAGGGUUUGACCAGGUUGAUAUCAGCAUGAAGGAACUGCCAGCUGUGUUUAAGAACAUGACCUACAAGUUGUACCACAGGCAAAUCCCAGACCUAUGAAACAUGUGCAAAGGCCAAGUGAAAUAAUGUGUUUCCGGUAAAAGUUUUUAAAAGGAUUAAUAGAGAUUUUCUUACUACUUUUCAAUGAGUUUGUUCCAGCAGGUUUUCAUGUGUAGUGUUUCUAUACAUGUAUGUGUGCAGUUGACAUGAUACAGGCCUCCAGACUAACAUUUGAACAUUGAAGUUUUUGCUAUGGUCUGUAGUUAAGCCAGAAACACAUUUUAUUUCCUAUAUAGGCCUUAUGAGAGGAAAUGGGACACAUGUUGCAACAGUUAAAACUCAGGUAUAGAAUUAUAUGUCAGGACACCAUGGGGUUUGUAUUGAUGAUCUUUGUAGAUGUGUAGUUGGUCAGGUUGUAGCAAGUUCUUGUAAUGUCUUCUUCAACUUUUCCAUCAUAUAAGGAAAUAAAUUUAGAUGAAGUCAGAGUUUGCAUCAUUUGGAAUUCAAAUGCCACCUUUAAAUGAAAUACAGAAAUGUUCCAAUUUU